UUCAUCAUCGACUUCCCUUCGGCCGACCCGACGCAACUUGCCUCUAAAGUUUUUUUUUUUUUUUUGCUAUAAAUAUACAUUCUGCGACUGCGGACUCCAACCCCGGUCAUCCGCUUUUCCUCUUUUCUUCCUUGUCUUCAAUGGGCUUCUUCCACUCAUCCUCUAUCUCCCGUUCCACCGCCGGCAAAUGGCUCGGCCUCGUCACCGCCGUCUGGAUUCAAUCAAUUUCCGGCAACAACUACACUUUCUCGAACUACUCUGACGCUCUCAAGUCCCUCAUGCAUCUCACACAGGUCGAGCUCAACAAUCUUUCCGUCGCUAAAGAUGUCGGCAAGGCUUUCGGGCUUCUCGCCGGCCUCGCUUCCGAUCGUUUCCCCACGUGGGUCAUCCUCCUCAUCGGCUCCCUCGAAGGUCUUCUCGGAUAUGGCGUCCAAUGGCUCGUCGUUAGUCAACGGAUCCCGCCCCUUCCCUACUGGCAGAUGUGCAUAUUUUUGUGUAUGGGAGGGAAUAGCACGACGUGGAUGAACACGGCGGUUUUAGUGACGUCCAUACGAAACUUUCGGAAAAACAGGGGACCAGUGUCUGGCAUUCUUAAAGGGUUUGUUGGUUUAAGUACCGGAAUAUUCACCAAUCUCUGUUCUGCUUUGUUUGCCGACGAUCCCUCUUCCUUCCUCAUCAUGCUCUCCAUAAUUCCCUUCGCCGUCUGCCUCGCCGGAAUUUUUUUCCUCCGCGAGUCACCCCCCGCUUCUACCGCCGCCGAGAACGAAGAAGAAUCCAAGUAUUUCGGUAUAUUGAACGUGCUUGCAGUUAUCGUCGCCGUUUAUCUCUUGAUUUUUGGAUUCAUACCCAAUCCCAGCAUGCUCGUGUCUCGAGCGUUCGCCGUUGGUUUACUGGUUCUGCUGGCGUCGCCGCUGGUGAUUCCGGUGCACUCUUACUUCAAAGGCCUGAGACCCCUUCUGGAUAUUGAAGAGCGGGGGAAGGAGCCGUUGCUUCGAAAUGAGGAGAAGGCGAGGGUGGAUGAGGUGGUUGCAGGGAAGAGGAGGCCAGCGGUGGGAGAGGAACACACGAUAGCGGAGGCUCUCGCCACGAUUGAUUUCUGGAUACUGUUCGUGUCGUUUCUGUGCGGAGUUGGAACGGGCUUGGCGGUCAUGAACAACAUGGGUCAAAUCGGGCUGGCACUCGGAUACUCCGACGUCUCCAUCUUUGUGUCGCUCACGAGUAUUUGGGGUUUCUUCGGGCGGAUCAUAUCUGGUUCGGUUUCCGAAUAUUUUAUCAAGAAAGCUGCAACACCCAGACCUCUGUGGAACGCAGGUUCGCAGAUUGUGAUGGGUGUAGGAUACGUACUUAUGGCCAUGGCUGUGCCUGGUUCCCUCUAUGUUGGCUCCGUGGUGGUUGGCAUUUGCUACGGAGUGCGUCUCGCCAUCACUGUCCCGACUGCCUCCGAGCUCUUCGGACUCAGAUACUAUGGUCUCAUCUACAACAUCCUCAUCCUCAAUCUUCCCCUCGGCUCUUUCCUCUUCUCUGGCCUCCUCGCCGGCAUAUUAUACGAUAUAGAGGCUACCGCCGUUUCAGGAGGUGGCAACACCUGCGUGGGUGCUCACUGUUACAGGCUUGUCUUCAUUAUCAUGGCUGUUGCUUGUAUUGUUGGCUUCUUGUUGGACAUUUUGUUGUCAAUCAGAACCAAUAAUGUCUACAAAAAGAUCUCUGCCAGCAAAGGCAGGAGAUAGCGCCAUUGUCCCUUUUGCCUUUGAGUGCAGACACGGCUCAGGAAUCAUAGGAUUGAUGGGCUUUUUGCCUGGUGAUAUCCUGAUUUCUUUAGGCCUCAGUAAGCUUAUUUAUUCAUUCCCCACUUCUCAUAGCCAGGCUGCACCCCUGUAUGAUCUGUUAGUUCUAUUCACAAAGAACCAAAAAAAAAAAAAAAAAAUUGCCACUACAAGUCAGAAUUGUUGUUGUUGUUGUUGAAUCAUUCUUUUACUAAGAUCUGUUAGUUAUAUUUAUCACUGUAAUCUGGGUAUUUAACACGCCCUAGUCAGAGUAUGAGUUCAUUAAUUGUUCUCUUCCACAUGUACUGUAUUUGAUAAAGUGAGCACCACCUCAUUAGUUCAACCA